UCAUUGAAGCUUAGUUGCUGACUUGCACUGGUUAACGACUACUCCCCCCUCGUGGCUUCUUUGUCGAGCUCUGCUUGACCCACUGAACUAGAGGAGCUUCAAGGUUCAGCUUUCAAUUUGGAGGGCUUGAAUACUUGAAGGGAGAGAGAGAGAGAGAGAUAGUUCUGGUGGGUGGGAGGGAGGGGAGCAUGGAUUUGUCGAAGGGUGCGGAGGUGUGUGUCACGGGAGGCACUGGGUACAUUGCGUCGUGCUUAAUUCAAGCUCUACUUCAGCGAGGUUACAAAGUCCGCACCACAGCCAGAAACCCCGAUGAUAGGGCCAAGACUGGGUUCUUGUGGGAGUUGCCAGGUGCUACAGAGCGGCUUGAAAUCGUCGGGGCAGAGUUGCUGGAGGAGGGCACCUUCGAUGAGGCUGUUCAUGGAGUGCACACAGUGUUUCACACUGCGUGCCCUGUGGUAUAUGACCCCAACGGUGAUCCAGAGGUGUCAAUGCUGAAUCCUGCUCUGAAAGGAAACUUAAACGUUCUACGGGCUUGCACCAAGUCGCAUUCCAUACAGCGUGUGGUGAUGACCAGUUCCUGUUCAGCCAUCCGAUAUGACCACAAUCGGAGGCCAGAGGAUCCCCCUCUUUCUGAAUCGGUGUGGAGCAGUCCAGAGUAUUGUCGAGACCACAAGAUGUGGUAUGCGUUAGCGAAGACGCUGGCUGAGAAGGAAGCAUUUGAGUUCGCUGCAAGAGAGGGGCUUAAUUUGGUGGUUAUAUGUCCUUCCUUCGUUAUUGGUCCUUCUCUCACACCCAUUCCAACGAGCACCGUCUUCCUGAUCCUUGAUCUUCUGAGAGGCAUAAGUCAGACGCUUAAAAGAUGGAGCAGGAUUGGACGAACUGGGCUAAAUGUUGCAUGGAUGUGGAGGCAAUUAGCAGGAAGGGCACAAGAGUACCCAAAUAAAAGGAUCGGAUUUGUGCACAUUGAUGACGUUGUCACGGCGCAUGUGCUCGCAAUGGAGGUACCUGAAGCACAUGGUCGAUACAUAUGUUCAUCAGAUGUUGCACAUUUUGGGGACAUUAUGAGCAUGCUUAAAACCAAGUAUCCAAAACUGCAGACUCCUACCAGGUGCUCGGACAUGCCGCCGGGAGACGACAUUCACCACAAAAUGGACACCACAAAAAUCAAAAAACUUGGACUAACUGAAUUCAAAAGUAUAGAGCAGAUGUUUGAUGACAUGCUUAGGAGCCUUCACGAAAAACAUCUGGAAAGCUUGUAGAAACAGAAUCAGUGACAAAGUGGCAUCUAAGGAAGUAAAACAUUGGUCGCUUCUCCAUUUUAUUGGAGGCAACAAUUUUGCUAGUUAAUAGGUGUACAUCAAUUUCCAUGAAGUUACUAUCUCUUUGCCUAAAUAAAAGUGACGCCCUUGUUGUCUUCUUGUAUCAACUUGGUUUUAACUUGUGUUAACUUGGAAUUUACUUGAAAUAAAAUCUUUUUAAACCUUUUACCGUAA